AUGGACUCCCUGUACACUUCGAUUUCCUUCCGCAAGUUUUCGUAUAUCAGCGACCAGAACCACUGGAUUCACUUUCCGUACCGCUCGGACCUGUCGCUCAAUGUGGGACAUAAGAGCGGCAGCAAGAAGACACAGGAGCCGGGCGAUGACCUGCUGAUCAAGAUCAUGUGGAAGGCGGAGGUUCUCGAACGGCUGGCAUUCGACGAGCACCAGAUGGUCAAGGCUUAUGCCAAAUAUCCCUCAAUUGCGCUGAAGUACUAUCCAAAUGCAAGAUACUGCAAAAAACUCCAGUUGGGGUUUGCGUCACAUGACGAGUUCAACAAGUGCUUGCAGGUGCUCGAGUCUCACGGCAUUCCCACCCAGCAGCAAGACAAAGCACGUCUUUUUGGUGGCCAGAUGCAAUCGCAGAUCGACUUCGGCAGCCAGAUGGGCUUCUCCCAGAGCUCGCAGGUGGAGAAAAAAGACAGGAAAAGCGAGGAUCUUGUCAGGGGUGGGAUGGUUAAUAGCUGGUCACAGCCUGCAGAGCAGCAGAGCGCGGCAGAAUCUGCCAGCCAGAUGCCAGAGAUCCCUGCGAUCGAGCCCACCCCACACCUGGAUUUCCUCAAUUCUGUCCACUACACCUCGUUCCAGGACGACGACCUCACAAAAGACCCGUCUCUAAACUUCAACAGCACGAGUAUGGAUAUAAGUGAUCUUAGCACGUCGACAAAAGUGUCGUCUGUGGAUUUUUGCGCACUGAGUGAAAAAGAGCUUUACAGCUACAUUUUGGGAAAAUUAAAAGACGAGGAUUUUAAAUACAUGCUCUACAAGCUCGAUAGAAUCCUGAAAAAAUAA